CAAAGUAAAAACAGAUGCUAUUGAGAGGAUGAGCAGAAAUUCAUUUGUGUUUACCCAUAUUCAUAUUCCACGCUCAAAAUGGAAAAUCCAUUUUAAACCCACCGAAGAGCUCAUUUUCUAUACGGCUCCUCUUGUCUAGACAAUUUUUUGGCCCUGUAGACAUGUCCGGUAGAAGACAACUUGAUUUAUGGCUGCAACUGCAGAGCGCAAAUUGCAGUCUUUGAUGGCUUCUUCCAAACGACCAAAUCCUAAUCGUAUCUUCUCAGCAACUGGCCAUGACCGUCAAGUCAGGGGAAAGACGUUUUUCCACCAACCACGCGCGUCCAACUCUUGAUUAAACACGCCUAAAUUAGCUAUGCGGGGAACUUGUAGCCAGACCAACCUCCUCGGCAGCUGAGCAUUACUCACCCCCCUGCUGUUUGCUCCUAGGCAGUUGUGUGGGAUGCUGUUCAUUACUGCCAGUCCAUAUCUAAAUUAGAAAAACGUACAAGGUGUUCCUGGUUUAAUACAGCAGUGACGUAAGCCAAAUGUGUGAGUCACUGAAGUUACUCAAGUCAUAAUAUAAAACAGUCAAGUGAUAAAAGAGCAAUCAUCACCAUGAAUCCAGUUUGCUCAACUGAGAUCUCAUGUUUCAAGUUGACAUGGAGUGACUUGUCAUAGCUGGCGUAGAAGAUGCCAGCUGAGUUGUCACGCAAUGGGCCUUUUGGCCACGGGUUCAAGUUAGGUUAAUUGAACCCUAAAUUCCUUGUAAUAAAACAAAUGGUCAAUUCUUGUCACUGUUUAACGGCUGUCAGUGAAAAGCUGCGGCUCUCUUGACCCCGCACAAGUAAAAUAUACAGACUAUUGAUGAAAGUUUUGCGAUCUUCUGAGAAGAAAAUAAAAUUUUCCAGACAAGAGCCGUCUUUAUGAAGACGUUCUCGUUUAAUUUACUGAGAUACCAAGAAUCUCUUUGUAACCCCUUUUAUAGAGAAGGAAUCAUUUUUGCUCACUUAAGCUUCAGUAAUGAUGCGCGCCUUUAGGGAAUAAAAAUGUUUUCUCCUAGUUAGUUAUUAAAUCGAUAUUUCAGCGCGUGCCCUAAAAAGAGGAAAGUAUCCGUCACAUUAGCUUAAUGUUGCCACUGGUAUUUAUUAUUCUUUUAGUGGGUUAAGCUUAGGUUUCUAUUCAUUUCAAUUCUUUUUGGGGUCAGAAACGUUCAAUUUAAAAUGUGACCUUUGAACUCUAAACUCCUCAACUAAAGGCAUCCUAUCGGCUAGCUGCCUGUUCGUCUUACUGACACGUAUUCAACGUGUUGCCUGGUGAUUUGCGCUAAUGUAGAAAAUGCGGCGCGGAAGCAUUGCUCGAGUUCCAUCUUGAAGAUUGAUCAUGUUUCUUGUCGGCACUCCCACCACUCAGCUGCCAUCUGAAGGAAACUCUUGGCCCCAAUCUUAAACCAAAUAAUCCGUCUCCGCUCGUAUCCUUGGUGCUCCCGGCCGUCGUUACUCGGGCCCCAGUUUCAUGUAUGCGGUUUCUUGCAAGUGCCACCAGAGGUCACGGCAUGGGCCUCUGGGUCUUUGUUAAAGCCCACAAAGGCUCUAUUCUCCCAACGGCGGCGAGGUCUUCUGAAAGCUGCGAGACAUUGGACACCAUUGUGACUCAGAGUAACAUGAUGCAUGGGAGUGUCUGUGUGUCUUCAUCGAGAUUUAACUAAAUGACUUCUCAGAUGGUUUGGGAAUGCUCACGCUCAAAGUGUUACUUGAAGUUGUGAGGUGAGCGAGAUUCUGUUAGCAUUAAAGCAUAAAUGAUGUAGCUAAGGGCACUGGGUUUUAUUAGCCGACUGUUGAUUUCAUUUCGUAUUGGCAAGGUAGUCGAUGACUUCAGAUUUGGUAAGAUUUUAUUUCGCCUUGUUCUUCAGCUGAUAGCAAUCAAAAGCAGACGAGAGAAACCAAGAAGUACACGAGCGAGGAGAGGUUUCCGACGUGGCCUCAUUUUUUCCAUGUAAAGUCAUUCCCAGGAAACACAUGAAAGUACACGUUUUGGUGUUGGAGAAAAAUAUUCAGCUGUCAACGUGGAGUCAGAGGCAGUGACCAAGCAAAGUCGCAAGCUUGGAUUCGUAAUAGUAAAAGCAGGACCACAUGUUCCUGAUGGAUUUUUUUCUUUUUUUGGAGUAUCUCGUAGAAAACGUGAGUUGGUUGUAAUCGGAUCUGGUCUGCUGUGAGCUCAUGCCGGAGGCCUGCCAGUGCUCCACCCAUCUAGCCGCGUGUGGCUCCCUCACAUUAGUGGCAAUCCGUUUAGUAGUAGCGGCUUUAACUUUGCAGCAACAAAAAAAAAAAAAUUGUGUAAAAAGCGAUUGAAGAAACACGUGAUUUCUUUUUUUGUCGUAAUGCAAAUCAACGAGAGUAAAAUUGCAUUUGUUGACAGGCAAAUUUCAAUCAAAGCAGCUCAGAUGGACCUGAGAUAACAUCAGCAGCCAGUUGCGUCCUGGUCUUCUUGUGGACCUGAAACCCCAGAAUGGCAGAUCCCACCGGGCUUAGCUCCGAGUCGGCGGGGACCGGCACAGCCGAGGUCGACGCCUGCAGCUUGGAGGUCGAGAGGAAGUAUGACAUCAUCCCCGCUGUCAUCUGCUCCAUGUGUUGCCUCUUUGGCAUCAUCUACUGCUUCUUUGGUUACCGCUGCUUCAAGGCGGUCAUGUUUCUGUCGGGUCUGAUGUUCGGCUCGGUCAUCAUCUUCCUGCUGUGCCACAAAGAGCACGUACUGGACACUCAGCUCAGUGUGGAGGCCAGCGCCGGCAUCGGCCUCGGUAUCGGCCUGCUCUGCGGACUGGUCACCAUGAUGGUGCGCAGCGUGGGCCUCUUCAUGACGGGCCUCCUGCUGGGCCUCCUCUUGGCUCUGGCCGCCCUGCUGCUCACUCUGCAGUUCUACACGCCCACCACGGUGUGGGUGCCUCUGGGCACGCUCCUGGGAUCGGGCAUGCUGUUUGCCGUCCUGACGCUGCAGUGGCAGAAGCUCUUCACCGUCUUCUCCACGGCGGUGUUCGGCGCCGCCAUCAUGACAGUGUGCACCGACUAUUUUGUGGAGAUGCUGGCUUUGGCCACGCACGUGUACGGCUGCCUGCGCCUCACGCCCGGCCCGCCUCUCUGCUGGUACAGCUUGGUCAUUCUGGGCAUCUGGCCCACCCUCAGCCUCAUCGGAGUUCUGGUCCAGUGGAAACUGACGGAUGGCAAAUUCUCCCACACGGAGGUGGUUUUAAGUCGGCGUCAGAAGAGAGUGCAGCUGAUGCGCAUUCGCGAGAAGGACGCCAGGAAGCGACAGCAGGCAGGUGGGCAGGAAGGCACGUACCGCCGUAAGGCCACCCCAGUGAAACGUUACGCUGGGGACCUUCUGGCACCGAGCUACCUGCAAAGUCUGCGGGACAGACAAAUGGGCACCGGCACCUCCCUUAGCAGCCAGAGCACCACCAACCACACUAUGAUCGACUUGGACUGUGACAUGGGCUCCACGGUGCCCCUCACAGCUACAACCCCCGUCGUCAGGGUCUGAGCCACGUGACCAUUUUUAAACGAGAGCGAGAACAAAAAGAGACGUUCUGGUUGUGUUCCAUGCUGAAGAUGUUCUGAAGAACUUUGGAGCAUGUUAUGUCAUUGAUCUGCGUGCAAAUAGAAGAUAAUAGGUGGAGAGGGAUGCUGUUUUUUUAAUUGGAAAAAGCCACUACAUUACAGUGCUUUUCAGAGGGACAAAACUGAGCCACACAAGGUCCUCUUGAAGUCAUAACAGAACCUGAUGUGCAUUUCUCUCAGAUUGUUAAUCUGACAUGUACUGUACUUCAAAAAUUAGUCGCAUCGCCAUGUUUUCCUUUGUCACCGUUUAACAUUGAAGGAUGUGUGAGUUUAUUUUCUUUAGCCGCAGUGAUGCAGGAGAGUGAAGUAAGACUACAAGUGUGUCAAAAUGAAGCAAAAACGAAAUGUUACGAUCAUUGGUGAUUGCGUACAGUUUUUAGCUGCAUUCUUAUUUUUAUGUGAGGUUGAAGUCUCCGUGUGCUCGUCAAAGGGUAUAAUUUAUUUGUCAAACAACCAACUACACAAUAGUGAUAAUGUUUUGAAAAAGUGUUUCUUUUUUAAAUUAGUAGCUCUUGACUCUAGCAGGGACAUUUCAAUGUGUU